AUGCUUCGCAAGUGCGAGGGCCAGUCUGCACCGCGCCACCUCCCCGCGUACAACCCUGUCGCCCCUGUGACCGCGCCCGCGGGGACUUUCCUCCCCGGGACCAAGGUCCAGGUGGGCAGUCACCGUGUCGUGGUUGAGAAAUACUUGUCUGAAGGUGGCUUUGCUCAUGUCUACGUCGUACGGCUGCCACAGCCGAUUAAUGGCACGCCGACUGCGGUUCUGAAGCGUGUCGCCGUACCUGAUAAGUCGGCACUCGCGAGCAUGCGCACCGAGGUAGAGACGAUGAAGAAACUCAAAGGUCAUCGACAUAUCGUCAAAUAUUUUGAUUCGCAUGCGUCGCAGCUGAACGGGGGCGGAUACGAGAACCGUUUGACGGAGCCUGAGGUCAUCAAAAUAUUCUCGGAUGUCGCCGAGGGUGUGGCCUGCAUGCACUAUCUCAAGCCGCCCUUGCUGCAUCGGGACCUGAAAGUGGAGAAUGUCUUGAUCUCACGUUCCGGAGGCUCAUCUGUUUACAAGCUGUGUGAUUUUGGCUCUACGGCGCCUCCUCGUCCAGCUGCUACGUCUGCUGCGGAAGGCCGACUCAUUGAAGAUGACGUACAGCGACACACGACUCUGCAGUACCGCAGUCCGGAGAUGAUCGACGUGUAUCGCAAACAACCAAUUGACGAGAAGAGCGAUAUAUGGGCACUCGGUGUGCUACUGUACAAACUAUGCUACUACACGACUCCAUUUGAAGAAGUUGGACAGAUGGCGAUUCUUAAUGCGAGCUUCAAAUUCCCAUCCUACCCCCAAUUUUCGGAUCGAUUGAAGAAGUUGAUUGCCUCAAUGCUCAAAGAGAACCCUCAGAAGCGCCCGAAUAUAUACGAGGUGGUUCAGGAAGUGUGUAAAAUGCAGGGCAAAGAAGUCCCCAUUCGAGACAUUUACUCCAACCGGUCUGUGUCCGAAGCGCGAAAAUUCCAAGAGCUUCCGCCUACGCCAACGGAAGCUCCCAAGGCUGGAGCCACUUUCUCGCCCCCUAUGCAAGAGACCGCAAUCAUUCCCGAAAUCGCACCAAUGCGAAGAGGACGUCCUGGAAAAUCCCAGUCAUCCACGCAUAGCUCAGCCAGGCCGAGUCCUCCUCCGUACAGGGGUGACACCAAGAGCUCGGCCAGUGACCCGUUCGCAGCUCUGGAUGGAGAUUCUCGCAGCAAGACUGCGGAAGAGCUUUCACAGCGGUUUCCGUCGCUGGACCAGUUCAAUAUUUUGCAUGAGAAGGGCGACAAGUUCGACUUUGAGCCGGCCCAGGAGGCCAAAUCGGAAGACGAGGAUCUGUCGCAAAGACUUACCAAUGCUCUGGCGGAUGAUGCCUUCCGACAGGCUUCGCCUGAGCGGCGGGGUGUUCGGCAGUCUCAAACGUCGCCUGUGCGCCCACAGACCCCUCGAGAAACCAGCAUCAAGCCAACGGCGCCGCUGUACCAACCUACCCCCAAGCGGCCCACCAUGAUCUCCACAGGGACCAUGACAUCGCCUGCACAAACUCCGCGCUUGCAGGAACCGAAGAUUUCUAGUCGUCCAAUCUACCGAUUUCCGCCAUCAGAUGAGCAGCGACCUUCGAGCCAGCGAUGGGCCGAAGAUGAGAGGAACAAGGAGCCGUCGCCUCCAUCGUCUGGGUUAAGAACGGAAGUCAGUACGCGCAUAUCAUCUGAUAGAUUCUCAAACCAGUCGAGCUCAGCACGAACCUCCAUGGAAACACUGCGACGGCCGUCUGGGUUAGAGAGCGAGCCCAUGGGGCGAUCCAAAUCCGCCAUCCCAAAGGCCCGCCCUGUCUCCGUCCACGCCGGACCUCGGUACGAUUUGUCGCACAAUGAGCACUCGCGCUCCUCGCUAGACUUGUCUGUGCAAUAUGAGGAUGGUGCACCGUUGCGAACAGUGCGCACGGAGGUAGAACGUGAAGAUCAGCAGAGCAAAAUCUCUGAACUUGAUUAUCUUCGCGCUAAGGAAGAAGAAGAAAGUAACCGCAAGCGUGAGAAACGCUCCAGCACUGGCGCUAAGCAUUCUAAGCGCAGCAGUCUUUCCUCGCUUUCAUUUUCAGGAGGCAGAAACCUCCUUGCGGGUCGGUUUGGCGAGGCGUUUCGCCGCUUCGAAAGCAGCAACCCGGAUAAGCCCUCGACUUCCUCAGCCGAAGAUCCACCACAACUGCAAAAGGCCCUUGUUAGUGACUCGGAGGCCUAUGAGGAAGCCAACGCGAGUCCUACGCAAUUUGUAUACGCCGACUUAGACGAUGUCGCUCGCGACGAUAUCCCACCCGAAAUGCGUCGCGAGCUAGAGCGCCGCCGACUCUCCCAGGAGGAGAAGCGAGUUGCCACUGCUGCCGCUGAGUACCGGCGCAGGGUCGCCGAGAAAGAAGGUGGAAGAGCAGGCCCGGAUCGGUCUCGAGCCAUCCAGAACAGGGUGCAAACACUGCUCGGCGAGUCAAAUAAGCCACCACAUCCUCCCAAGACCGCCUCCGGCUACGGGAAAUACACUGAUACAUCUGCUUUGCCGGCAAAGCAAAACGACGUGCAAGCUCCCACCCCCGAAAAAUUGCCCAUCUCGCGCACACCGGGCCCCAUUUAUGGCACUCGCGAAGGGAAUGCAGUUCUAUUAGACCGCUUGGAAGGAGCCAGCGCCCCUGCGGCGCUCCCACAACCCACUGUCUCCAGCUCCGCUGGGUAUAUGACUACUACCUCUCGCCCAGCUGGUCGCCCCACAGCCCCUCCGAAGCCCAAGAACCUGAGGGUAGGAACUGGGGACACCUCCCGACCUGGCACUGGCCACGAACCCAGCUCAUCAACACAAGCGACGCCCAGUGGGGAAGAUUGGGAGGCCAACUUCAGCCGUCGUUUCCCGAGUCUCUCAGGCUUGGAGAUGGAGACAGAGAUUGAGAUUCCCAAGUACGCCAAGUUGCGGACUCGGGAAGUGUAG